AUGUGCGCCUUUCGUAAUGGUUUUCAUUCUAAUGUACGUGCAUCGAGCAGUACACAUCGUAAAUUAGCAUUAGUAUUUGGUAAUCGCUUGUAUCAACACAAUGCAAGCUUGAGAAAUUCAGAGAAUGAUGCGAAUGAUAUAACUAGAAGCUUGGAAUCCAUUGGAUUUCAAGUUACGAAAGGUUUAAAUCUAGCAUGUGAAGAGAUGGAUUCCUAUGUGACUAACUUUGUUCGAAAUAUUCAAUCUUCUGAUGUGAUUCUGUUUUAUUUUUCUGGACAUGGUACACAAUGGGAGGAUCAAAACUACUUGGUGCCUUCCGAUGACAAUAAUUUAAAUAGUUCAAAUAUUAAACGUCAUGCUCUUAAUGCUCAAGAUGUUCUCGAUCGAAUAACCAAACGUAAUCCAUACGUUUCUAUUUUUAUUCUCGAUUGCUGUCGUAAUUAUUAUCUUCGUAAUCCAGAACUUCUUCGUGGUAAUGAUUCAAAUACAAAAGGUCUCAAACCAAUGUAUGCUUCAGCAGGUUCACUGAUUGCUUUUGCGUGUGCACCAGGUGCAACAGCAUCGGAUGGCUCGGACAGAAAUGGUUUAUUUACCAAACAUCUAUUGCAAAAUAUCACAAAGCCAAAUGAACAAAUUCAAGAUCUAUUAAUAGAUGUCACCAAAGGUGUUGCAACGGAAUCAUAUAAUAAACAGAUACCUUGGUAUCAUAGUUCACUUAUGGAUAGAAACAUUAUGCUUUCCAGUAAUGGUAAUGAUAAUAGUGGUUUCAAUAGUGAGUCUGGUGAAUGGCAUCAAGAAUUCCAUGGACAAUCACACGAUGGUCGUCAUGGUUCUUUAAUCAAAAGGGCAGAAAAAGCACUUCAUAUGGACCUCGACGGAGAUGGACGGAUUGGAUAA